CCUCUUUCUGUGAGCCCAUGAAGCUGUGGUGCUAUAGAGACUUCAGAGUGGACGGAUUGGGCUGCAGGGACCAACAUGAGAAGUAUAAACAUAAAAAACGCCCAUUAGUUAAAUUUAUUACUUUAGUUAAAAGUUCCUGUGAUCUGUUUGAGAAAUGUCCAUGCAGGGGUCUGUGCUCGCAGUGGGGAAAUGCCUCGCCUGUCUAGAGUUUAUGUUGUUCCCGGUGUGGCGGGGGAUAGGGGUCGGUGCUGGCGUCGGUGGCAGGUGGAUACAGGGCUGGGGCCGCUGCUUGCAAUGGGAGCCUGACAGUCCAGGACAAGGGGCCCGGAUCCCGGUGUUUGACUACCCUGUGUGGGUCGUCCUCUGUCGGGGGGGACGCGCCAGGCUCAGGGAGGUCUGUCAGAGAGGGAGGGGGGCCAUCAGACUGCCCACAGAUAUGCUCAGCAUCAAGCUCCCCCAGCUCUUCGACAUCCACCAGAUCCCCAAGGUGUUCAGGGAAGACAGCAUCAUCUCUGGAUACCGUCACCCCCACAGCUCAGCGCUGGACUGCAUCCUCAGCAGCUUCCAUAUGAACAACGAGACGGUCAACAUCUGGACCCACUUCCUGCCGACAUGGUACUUCCUGUGGCGUUUCUUUGCGCUCUGCUCCACUAUGAACUUCCUGACGGACAGCUACACCUGGCCGCUGCUGGUGUACAUGCUGCUCAUCUGCAUUUACCCCUUCACCUCCAGCUGUGCACACACCUUCAGCACCAUGUCCCCAGAGUCCCGCCACAUCUGCUACUUCUUUGACUACGGAGCGCUCAGCCUCUACAGUCUGGGUUGUGCCAUAAGCUACGGGCAUUAUGCCAUGCCAGACUGCUGGGUGAACACCUGGCUCCAUCAACACUUUGCCCCCAUCGCCAUUGGAAACACUGUGUUGUGCACCAGUCUGUCGUGCUACUCCAGGUUCCUGGAGCUGCAGUUCCCACAGAGGAGUAAAGUCUUGAGGACGGGAGCGUUUGUCCUUCCCUUUAUGUUUGACACUGUACCUCUGUUUUACAGGAUCCUUCUCUGCUGCGGGGGAAACUGCCUCCCUAGCGAGGCCCUGUCCAGUCACUGUUACCACCUCCUCUUCGCCUUCCUCACCUGUUUCCUGUUUACCUCACACUUCCCAGAGAGGUUGGCCCCAGGGCGCUUCGACUACUUUGGCCACAGCCACCAGCUCUUCCACAUCAGCGCUGUGGUGGGCACCCACUUCCAGAUGGAGGGUGUGAUGGCGGACAUGGCCUCGCGGCGGACGUGGCUCCUGGCCCACGGAGCCAUGCCUUCCUUCCUGGGGACCAUCGGGGUGCUGGUCGCCAGCCUCGUCCUCAACCUGGGCAUCAUCGGCAUUUUCAGCGCCCCGUUGCUGUGGAAAACCUGCCACACCUCCAACCAGCCUCGCACAUCCGCCUGCGAGUGCAAGGAGAAGUGAGGUCGGCGUUUCCUCACAGAACGUCCGAGGUCCGGGCCGUUUGUCUGUGCAGCGUUUGAGAUGACUAACAAUCACCGUAGUGCUCGACUAACACCAAGAUAAAGACUUUGGUGCAUCAGGCCCAGUGCUCGAAGUAUUUCUCUAACACUCUUAUAUCUGAAGAAUUCCUGUGUUCACUCAGCAGCUGAGGACCCAGUCGCCUUUAUUGGAGCCUUUUUUCUGAUGCUACAUUAAGCUCGUAUGUGAGAAUACAUGUCUAAUGUGUACAAAAUGAUUAUUUAUUUUUAAGCUUCCUCAAUGUGCAUCUAAAAAGGCUCUGGGUUGAAGGACGCAUGCUGAGAAGUGCCUUAUUGUAGACCCAAACUUCAAUUUCAAUGUUUACAGUUCAUCACUAAAAGUAUAUUUCACAUUUCAAACUGGAAGCGUCUAAUGUCGCAGGGAUGUUUUUCUGAAUUACUGAUUAUUUUUGUUGUAUGUACGAGGCCAGAUGCUCGUUUUACGUUAUUGAAAAUAUUCUUUGUCACUGGAGUUCUUGGUGAGUGUGGUUGUUCUGUGUUUUAAAGCAGUCUUUCGGCUUUACAUAAUAUGAUGCAGAUUGUGGUGCCGGCUCUUAUACAUCCACCUAUAUUUUUCACUCUGCAGGGCUGGGAAUGGAUUUGCAGAUCAUGUGGUUCCUUUUUUUCUGAUUGCCUGCCUUUUAUAAUGAACCCCACAAUCCACCCUAAAAAAAAUCUUACAGCGUGGCGUUGAUUAAAAGACAGGUACCUUUUUUAGAACGGUACAUUACCAUGGCAACACUAUAGUGGCCUCAUGCCCCCUGAAGGUCUUGAAUGGCACCAUUUCACUUGUUCUUCCAUCACAUCGCAUAAGAUCUGCUCCGAACAUUUAUCACCAAAGCGCUGAAAUUCAGCAUUUGCAUAUUUCCAUUACAGUCAUUGUCCAACACUUGAGGUUAAUAACUUAAAGUUAAUAAUUAAAAGAUAUGUAAAGAGGAUUUUUAGUCAGAUUGCAGAUUAACAAACUAGUGUCACUCCUUUUUAUUACAUUUACCAAUAAUAAUUAUAUAUUUAAAAAAUGUAGUUUAUUUAGUAACUGAACAGGAAUUUGGCAUAGAUCUACGGUACAAUAAAUAAAGUAACUAAAGUUUAAAAAUGUAGAGAGAUUAUUGUAUUGGGUUAACAAGUUUAGGCAUCUUAUUUUUUUUGGUAAAUUUAUUCGAGCUAAAAUUAGUUUCUCCAGUUUCUUAAAUGUAAAAUCUGUGUUUCUUUUUUAUGCUUAUUUUUUUACCUCAGUAGUAAAUGUAAUAUCAUUAGCGUCUGGCCUUCUUAGACAGUUUGCAUUUUCUUUCUGUAUUUUAUAGACAAAAGGUUAGUUGGUGUAAAACACAUUGCACAAAAUUCAGAAAAUUGUGGUCAAAUUUUAGGUUUUUUCACUUUUAUUUUUCACGUUUUAAGAAAAUAAAAUGUCAGGGACUUAAAUCAUGUAAAUUAGAUAAAUAAUUAUGUUAGGCUUUAAUGGGAUGGGGUUGUAGCACUAGGUACAGUUUUCAACAAAGCUCCUCUUACUUGACAUAUUUGGAAGGCUCAUCUGUAUAAAACAGGUUGUAUAGCUUGUAUGGCACACAUUUACACUUAAUACCACUAGUAACACCAGUAGUUCAAACACACAACUCACAGAAAGCACGUAGCUAACACACGCUCACACGUCUUAUAGCUGUGUUGGUAUAGAUUUUUACAAGAGGGUUAAUGUAUGUGAUAUUAUGGGAUGAGGUGUAAGACAGGUCCGUGUUGGAUGCAGAAGUAGGAAUGUGGGACACGGUGAAUGUGUAGAUUCACACACACGCACACAAGAACACACACUUUGAAUUACAGCAGGGGAGAUGUUUUCAAGGUUAGUGUGUAUAAAUAUCAUGUCAGCCUUUGUUGCAGACAAAACAGAGCAGUAUUUGCCCUCAAUGCCAGCAACUCUUUUUGUUUUAUCUCCACCCCUUGCCCACCUUUUGAUCGAUAUUUUAUUUUCUCGACAGUCAUCAUCUUACAGCGUUCCUCGGUUUGACCCUGUUGAUUCUUGGAAUUGCAUCAUUACGGGCUUCUGUGGUGGUACUUUGCCAUCGACCCAAAAAUAGUUUGGAAUUUCUGAGCUGCUGCUGUUGUUUUUGCUUCUGUCAUCUCACUCAGUCUCUGCCGUUUGGUGCUUGCACUGUUUUCAGCAGUUUGACGGUUAUGAAGCUCGAAGAUGCUUCAACAUCAAAAAUGUCGAUGCUGAUGUCGUCUUUUUCUCAAUUACAUUUUUACAUUUAGCCUGAAAAGUAUCUGUUCUGAGCCCAGAAAUUCUCCAGACCACACCACUGUAUCUGCUGUUUUUAUGGUAAACUUGUUGGUUUACUCUUCAAUGGACAGACAGAUUCAGGUUGUAAUUAUCAGGAAAACUGGGCACUCUUCUUGUGACGACUUUUUAAAAACAAAUACAGCGUGUUGAAGGAUGCUCGAAUAUGUGUAAUGGAGAGAAAAGAUGAGUGCUUAGUCAAACAUUUGAUACAGGAAUUCAAAACAGGGUUUGACGGAUUCAAAGGUGCCUUUUUCAUUUUGUUUCAUUUUGUUCCUUGUCUGUUUUUAAAAAAAACAACAAACUACUCAUAUGUAUAAAUAUGUAUGUGUUUUUUCCUGUGUUCAAUGUGUACGUUUUUUGUUCUACUAGACUUAUGUAAUAAAUUAAGCUUUUUGUAAGUGUACAAA